AUGUGCCACCUCUAUAUGGCUAGCAAGAGUAGGAUGGCAUCUGGCAAAUGGUUGCAAAGGCAAAGACGAACCAUUACUCGUUCUGGCUCAUGCCAAUUCAAUCCAGAGGACCAAGGCAUAUAUUCCUUAGCAUCCAACUAUGGCGGUCUUGUUGCGCGCAUGGUCUUUCAACCCAUUGAAGAGAGCAGUCGAAAUCUGUGGUCAAAGCAGCUGAAUACGGCAGAGCAAGACGAAAAGAAACACAAAGCUAAAGUUCAAGCUGCAAAGUCCCAUUUGACUGAUGUCCUACGAGCAUAUGCUAUUUUGGCAAUAAUUGCUCUGAGUAUUGGACCCGACAUCGUCCCGGUUGGGCUAAAACUUCUCAUCGGAUGGAAGUCCGAGAAAUUGCAGGAUCUGCUAUCAGCAUACUGCUGUUAUAUUCCGUUUUUAGCAUUCAAUGGGAUUACAGAAGCGUUUGUGUCUGCAGCUGUUAGCCCCUCGGAAAUGCGGAGACAAGCAGGCUGGAUGACGGUAUUUUCGGUGUGUUUCGGUAUCACUUCAUUCCUUCUUCUCAGCAUUGCUAAACUGGGAGCAUUCGGUUUGGUGUGGGCAAAUAUCAUCAAUAUGUCGGUCAGGACCAUCUGGAGUCUUUCUUACAUACGGGACUAUUUGCGUCGAAAUGAGGCCGAUUUGCACACCGGUGAUUUCAGUCCAAAUAUGCAGACAUUAGCAAUACUUGCCCUUGCAGCAGGUCGCAGAAUGAUAGAUUACCGUCCUCUCGGUGAUGGUCUCUACGGUAUUCUGGCUACACUUGCAUUCGCAGCAUUGUCUGCAUUAUUGAUAGCGUGA